AUGGAUGAGUCCAAUGUUUCUCUAAGACAAGGCAGUUUCUACGUCGACCCAAGCGACGGUCUAUGUACUUUGGUAGGUUCUGAAUAUUUGGACCAGUCAACCUUGAAUCAGACUAAGCGUUUUCCAGGAGAUACAGCUUUUUGCAACGCUGAUGACGGAGAUUCGAAAGCUGGCAACAGUCACCAAGACAGGGAAACAACCGACAAUGUCAAUGAUAAAGACUUUGCAGAGAAGGGCUAUGUGUAUCAAGAAGACGGUGUUUACAAUGAGAAUGAUAGCAUCAAAGAGCAGACGACAUAUGGUGACGUCACGUUUUUCCACAACCCCAAAAGCCUGAGCGAGGAUAUGCGCACAAUCAUCAACACUCCAGAAUUUUGUGACGUCACAUUUGUAGUAGGAAAGACUAAAUCGGAGGUUUAUGGAGUGAAAGCUAUCCUUGCCACCAGAAGCAGACACUUCCUCAACUUGAUCACUUCUCAUCAACGACUAGCAGCUCAGGAAAUUGCAUCUAGACGAGGGAAGAAACCUGGACUAUUCAGCCGCCUUUUUCGACGAAAUAGAUCCUCCAGAUAUCAGAAAAUGGGGUCGAAAACCUGUCGAGGACUCGAGAUACCAAUAGAGGAGUUUGACGUCGACAUUUUCCAAAGAGUGAUGGUUUACCUGCACAGUGGUCGGGUGCACAUUAACCCUGAGUCCGUCGUUGGCGUGAUGAACGCUGCCGAUACUUACGGUCUGCCAGAUCUUAGAACAGCCUGCUUUGAGUUCGCCCACCACUUCAUUCAGGUGAACACCGUGUUGUCCUUGCUGGUGUCUACUGAGGCCUAUGCUCAGUAUAAGUGGACGCGAAUUCUCGCUCAAAGACUGCUGGAAUUCAUCAGUAACCGAGCAGAGGCGGUACUUUGUAUGCCUGAAUUUGAAUCUCUGCCCAAAUCAACUGUUGUCAUGAUUUUACUUAGGCGAGACCUGAGAGCUAGCGAGGAGACAAAGUGGACAGCAGCCCUCCAGUGGAGCAGACGACAUUGUCAGAAGAGAAGCAACAGCUAUUUCCGGAGAACCGUUAGGAUUUUUGCCCACAAUGUCAACUUUAUAGAGCUCCCGAAAUAUGUUCUGGAAAAUGAGGUCAGGCCGCUCGGAGUGAUACCUGAUGAUGUCAUCAUGGAAGCGUUUGCUCAGCAAACAAGAGAUAGAGAGGUGAUUGGACAAGAACAAUCACGUGUCGCCCCACCGAAGCCACCGAGACGGAAACAAGCUCAGCAGAAUCUUCGUCGUUCCGCUGCUUCUGCUGCCGCCAUCUUGGCUCCACUGCGUGGAUUUGUCAGGACUGCGUCUUCUCUCAACAACAGCAAGCGACGGAGCCAGUGCAUGGAAGAUGACGAAGUGCCGUUGAAAUUGUCUUGA